GGCUCGGGGAGGAGGUGCUUGGCUGCAUCAUGUUUCAUUGGUUAAAAGGGAAAAAAAAAUCAUGGCAAAGUGUAACACUGUCUGAAAGAGCACUCCAGCUGCGAAACAUCAGAUAAGUCAUCGAAGUUUUCGGUGGAGCUCGUUCCGUUUCAUCUGCAAUCUGAACGUAGGUAUUAACAAAUGUAAACCGGAAGGCACGGCUGCAUUAAUUUUCUACUUGCACGUUUUGCAGAUGGUUGGCAAAAGCUGCUGAGGAGCCGCAUGAACGUUGAGCGACUCCCCGUACAAUGGGGCGGCGACCUGAUGGGACCAGACGGUGAUGAACGCUGCAGGCACCUGAUCUGCCCUGGCGGUACCGUCCCAGACAAGUACCGGCGGAAAUGGUCGGAAGCCGCAGGCGCAAAGUCGCACACCGUCGGUGCUGGGAGCAGCUGGACUCUGCCGGUGCCCGUGGCGCGAGCCGGCUCCGAGCUACGCUGGGAUUUCUGCACGUCGUCCGGAGACCUGAAGUUUGCUGUACGAUUCCUACCACCCAACGGGGCCAAAGAUGCGGACAAGCCACGCGACCUGCUGGCUCCCAGGAAGGUUCCCUUCACGCGCCACGAGCCCCAUAGCGGUAGCCUUUGCUGCCGGGAGCCAGGGACCUAUGAGCUCGUGUUCGACAACUCGUACAGCUGGUUGACACGCAAGGAAGUGAGCUACAGCGUGCAGCUGCUGCCUCCACCGACGGGGAGUGAGUCCUGACCGACGAUGACGCAAGAGCAUGCAGUGGACCAAUGCAGUGCUUUCGCCGCUUCCAAGCUACAAGGUCGACGGGACGAUUUAUUCGAGGAUCUUCGGUGACCUGAUCGGUGGUUGCACACGACGUCAAGGGCGCCAUAUUGGAUUCUAUCCCGAGCUUACUUAGCGGCAGGCCGCUCCAUCCACGCGCGAUGGGCUUUGCCUCAGCGUAGCUUGAUAUAAGGCGAACAAACUGAGUCGAAGUUUUGCAAUGGCAGUACUCCGACGUGGCGGUUUCGAUGACGUCAGUCGGAAGUGCGCAGGUUGUAUGUCGGGAAGGGGAGGACGGGACACCAGUAUUGACACCCUGGCCAGAGAGCGCACGCGAAGGCAGACGGCCCUAUUAAUAAAACAUACAAAUCCUCCAAAGC